AUGGUGAUGACGCACCAAUUUCGGACCAUGCACGAUGCGAUCUUGAUUGGUGUAGGCACACUUCUGUCAGACGAUCCUCAAUUAACUGCACGGUUGGUGCCGGGCCCAAGCCCGCAGCCAGUGGUCUUAGAUUCCAACCUUCGCACGCCUUUGACUUCUGCCCUGGUCAGAUCGAGCUCUGAGAGCACUGGAAUGUCGCAACGGCUGACGCUGCUGACCACCAGCAACGGCCCCAAAGACAAGUGGGAAAGAGCGAAGGCGUUGGAUCAACGCGGCGUUUUUAUUUUGGAAGUACCUGCAGCUGAUGGCCGGGUUUCCUUGGAAGAUGCUUUAUGUCGCGUCAAGGAAGAUCUAGGCUGUCAUUCCGUCAUGGUGGAAGGUGGAAUGACAGUCAUUGCCAGCUUUUUGGCAAGGCCAGAACUGGUGUCCAAUCUUGUCGUCACAGUGAGUCCAAAGUUUUUGGGUGGAUAUGGGCCUUCUGCAGAACUGCUUAAAGGUGAACCUCAGAGUUUGCUGAGCAUACCAAAGAUGCAAAGCUGCCCGGUUGGAGACGACAUUGUGCUUUACGGCAGUCCUUCUGUCCCGUAUUUGAAUGGCAACAGCGGAGAUGCGCACAAGCCCAAAGUGAAUGGCCAUUCGCACCUCAUGCAGACGCAGCUUUCCAGCAGCUGCAGAAUGUGGGUUGAGGCCAUCGAGUCAGAGUGCGACCUCAAGGUCUACAACACGCCAAAGCAGGGCCAGGAGAUAGUGGCUCUCAUCAAAGGUGAUGUGUUUGGUGGAGAACACGUGCCAGUGCGGGUCCAUUCCGAGUGCUUCACAGGGGAUGUCCUCGGCUCCAAACGCUGUGACUGUGGACCCCAACUGCGAGGCUUUCUCGACAUUCUUCAGCAGGAAAGUGCCGGAAUUCUGCUCUACAUUCGAGGUGCAUCUGUCCUUGCGCGGAUAGCCUGGGCUGAUAUGUAUCUGGAUGUGCGCGAAGGCGAUGAAGGCCGAGGGAUUGGCCUCGUUGAGAAGAUCCGCGCCUAUGAACUUCAGGAGAAAGGCCUAGACACAAUUGAUGCCAACCUGUCUUUGGGCCACGCUGCCGAUCUCCGCACCUUCGAAAGCUCGAAGGAGGUCCUACAGCAGCUGGGUGUCCAGUCAAUCAAACUUUAUACCAACAAUCCGGAGAAAGUUGAAGCUUUGAGACCCUUGGCCCGUGAAGUGCGCCCUUUGAAGACUGUUCCCAACAAGCACAAUGUGACAUACUUGCAGACGAAACGGGAUAGGCUGAAUCACAAGACUAUCCUUUCAGAACUUCCUAUUUAA